GUUUUGAAUCAAAACCCACGCCCUUCUAUCACAGACUGAGGGUUUUAGGCUCUCUCGCUCUCUUCUCUCAAAAUGGAGUCCCUUGGCAGACUGAGCUACCGUCACCAACCCCUUCACCUCUCACUCAAUCACCACCGUCCGUCAUUCUCACGGCCCAUUUCUUCAAUCUCUUUGAAGACCCCACCAUCUUCAUCAUCGCAAUCGUCCAUCAAAGCCUCAUCCUCGUCGACCCCACAUCACCAAACCCUCCGAAGCCCUACACCCCAGCUCUCCCAAACCCUAAACCCCCUCAUUAGAACCACUUGUGCCACCAUAGCCGCCGCCGCUGCGUUCUUCUUCAUGCGGUUCCACCACAAACCGGCCAUCGCCGCCCCGACCGCUCCGCCCACAGUGGAGUCCACCAGGGAAUCGACGGCCAUGGAUUCUUCGCCGGAAGAAACGGAGAGGAUCAUAGAAGAGCAAUUGAGCCACGACCCCAACGACAUCGAAGCUCUACGAUCCCUCAUGGAGGUCCGAAUCAAGGCCAGGAAUUUCAGAGAAGCGAUCCUGGUCCUGGACCGUCUGAUCGAGCUCGAACCCGAAGAGAACGAAUGGCCAUUGUUGAAAGCCAACGUCCAUAGCUACAUUGGAGAGCAGGAACUGGCGAGAAAUGAGUUCGAGGAAAUUCUGAAGAAAGACCCGUUUCGCGUCGAGGCCUAUCACGGCCUCGUGAUGGUGUCGUCCGAAAAUUCGGAUGAGAAUUCUGUGGAGGACGUUUCGAAGAGAGUUGAGCAGGCAAUGAAGAAGUGCGAGAAGCUGGGAAGGAAGUCAGAUGUGAGGGAUUUCAAGCUCUUGGUGGCGCAGAUUAAGGUUGUGGAAGGGAAUUAUCUCGAGGCUUUGAAGGUUUAUCAGCAGCUUGAGAAGGAGGAGCCGAGGGAUUUUAGGCCGUAUUUGUGUCAGGGAAUUUUGUACACUCUGCUGGGUAAGAAAGACGAGGCCGAGAAACAUUUUGACAAGUUUCGGAGGCUCGUGCCGAAGAAUCACCCAUACAAGGAGUUUUUCGAUGAUAAUAUGUUUGCGACGAAGAUUUUCUCACAGAAAGUGGAAAGGGAGAGAGCGAGUUCCAGGCGCUGAGGGAAAUGGCCAAUUGUCAAUUGGUUUUCCAGUGAGGAAGCUGGUAAGAAAGCUCUUGGGAAGACUUGAAACUUAGUCCUAUCCAAUGUACAACUUUUGAGCCCUACCACCUUAAUGAUGGCAUGCUAAGAUGGUUUUCCACCUUAUCAAUUCCAUUCUAUCAUCACUUUUUCCCCCCUAAUGCACCAUAAUUUAGCUUGAGAAUGUCUUCUGGGUGCUUUCCAUCUUGGUUAUUUAAACUGAAUACAAAAGUUCAGAUUGCCUUUCGUUUGACAAUGCUUUUUUAGGUGUAUUUUGCUUUUUGGUUGUAAUAUGACAUAAAGGUAAAAAUAGUUUUGAGUAUUUUGUAUUUUGUAUUUUGGGUUGUUCCUUAAAAAGGAUUGUCAAACCGGAUAAUGGUCAUACACUAAAUUUGAAAAGAGAUUGAUAUGUAUGCAUCAGAGUAUCAACAGCCUAUUUGACAUA